AUGAUCAUCUUCCCAAAGAACCUUCUCUGCCACGGGAAAGCUGUAAAUUCGCGAACGCUCGUCCGAAAUUUUUUGCGAACCACCUCAUUAAGCUUUGGAACAUCGGGAGCUUUGAUCACGACAAACGAUAAAUUUUGCAAUACAUUUUCAUCAUCUCCCAAAUAUUUUUCAUAUUCACUGUUGGCUUGUAAAGAUGUUCGGGAUUUUGAGCAGCAAGAUCUUAUAGCCAAACAAUUCAUUGAAAAGAAAAUUAAUUUUGGAUUAAAUGCUCAUUUGGGUGUGAAGGUUGUUCAUGUAAAAUUGAGUAAUAUGGAAAAUGAUCGAGAGAAUGCAUUUAUUGAAAUGUCCAUGCCAAUCACAGAAGUUCAUAUGAAUGCGAUGGGAUUAGUACAUGGCGGAUCAAUAAUUACAAUGAGUGACACUGCAAUUGGAACUGGAGCAUUCUUUUAUGCACACGAAUUUUUAGAGGGAGCGGGUAUGGUUGUUCUCGACACAUUCACACAAUUUACAAGACAUGCGAAUAUUAAUGAUGUUUUGCAUGUUGUUGCAAGGCCACGUCAUUUGGGAAGAAAAACACAAACAUGGGAAGCUACCAUUUAUCUUGGUGAUCCAAAAGAAAACAUCAAAGCAGCUCAUACUAUAUCAACCGUAUUAAACCUUCCCAACGAAGAAGGUGAACUAUUGAAAAGUGGAAACCUAAAAAAACUUGGUAAAAACUUUAAUAUCAAUACCAUGAAUAAGGAAGAGAUCGCCGCAAGGUUUGACAAGUAUAGUGAACAAUGGGAGUUUUUAACCAAGAUAUCAGAAUAUCAAAAGAAUGUAAUAGCAUGGGUUUUAAAGCAAGCGAAUGCGCUAAAACAGCAAAGGACUUUAGAUAACCUCAAAGUAUUGGAUUUAGCAACCGGUUGUGGUCUGGUAGGAAAUGCACUUUGCAACGUUUUAGGAGAGACGACCAAAUUAGACUUGACAGGUUUAGACAUUUCACAGGGCAUGUUAAACAAGAGCGAAGAACUGGGAGUUUACCGCAACUUGUUUGUUCAUGACCUGGACACAAAGAUUGAUCGUCUUCAAAGCAAUUCCUUUGAUCUGAUUACAUGCUUUGGAGUGACAGAAAUGCUUCAAAACUUGGAAACAGUUCUGUUACCCGAAAUUAAGCGUCUGUUGAAAAAGUCUAAUAGCUCUCAAUGCUGGAUAUCAUUUCAAUACAACGACGGUAACCAAGCUGCAGCCCAUCAAGGUAUGAGAACAUUUAACGAAGAGGAAAUUGUUGCCUUAUUGAAGAAGAAUAAUUUGAAGGUGAUUCAACUUGAAAUAUUGAAGAAUGCAUAUUUACUACCAGAUACUUCUGGUUCAGUCAAGCCGGUUCCCUUUUGCAUGGUGACUUGUUGCCAUGACGAAUAA